UUUUGAAGUGAGCGAGGAAAAAUGGCGACCAUCGUGAUGAAGUUGAACGGGACUAUUUACACCACAGUAAUGAGUUUACCGUACAGUCCGGCAAACAAAAUUAGAGUAUCUGCGUUAUUAGUUUUAAUAUUCACCUUUGCGAGUAUUAGUUCUGGAGAAAACACAUAUGAAGAUAAUACUUAUGAAUUUCUCAAGCGAGAGUAUUCGCUGAGUAAGCCAUACCAAGGACUGGGCUCCUCCAGCUCCUCACACUGGGAGUUCAUGGGCAACACCAUGAUCAUGCCUGAACACAUACGGCUGACACAAGACCUGCAGAGCAGACAAGGAGCUGUAUGGAGUCGUAUUCCCUGUUACCUCAGGGACUGGGAGCUGCGAGUACAAUUUAAGAUCCAUGGUGAGGGCAAGAAGAACCUGAAUGGAGACGGCCUUGCAAUAUGGCUGACCAAAGAGCGAAUGCAAAAUGGUCAAGUAUUUGGAAACACAAACUUUUUUACAGGACUGAGUGUUUUUGUAGACACUUAUCCCAAUGAUGACAAGCAGCAUGAGAGAACGUUUCCUUUUAUCUCUGCAAUGGUCGGAAAUGGGAGUGUUGCAUAUGAUCACGACCGUGACGGACGGUCUACUGAUCUCGGUGGCUGCGCUGCUCACGUUCGCAAUGUUGAAUAUGACACAUUCCUCUUGAUCAGAUACAUGAAGAACAGACUCACAGUGAUGACGGAUAUCGAGGGGAAGCAAGAGUGGAAGGACUGUCUGGAUAUACCUGGAGUGAGGCUGCCACAAGGUUACUAUUUCGGCAUCUCAUCGGCUACUGGAGAUUUAUCAGGUUUGGACCAUUCAAGGGCUCCAAAUCUUCUCAAAUUUUGUCGAUCUACGUUGCCUAGUGUAGACUACCGAGUGGACCCGAAUGUUCACGUGGAGGAUGAAGGAAGGAGCUUCAUCACCACCUUAUUUCUCUUCAUUGUUUCCGUCGUUGUGCUGGUUGUAGUGGUUGUGGUUAUUCUCUUUCUAUAUAAUCACUAUAAAGAGAACCGCCGCAAACGCUUCUACUGAACAAAUUGAAAAACAAGUGACAGGAAGGAAAUGGGACAAGAGAUCCAACUUGAGUGUUACUGGCAUUUUUGCAAAGGGCCGCUUCUGGUCCUCACCUUUGCCACCAACAGAAAGGGCCUGAAGGCCAGCACUGAACUAAAACCCAUACCUGACCUCCAAGUGGAAACUUGACCACCUCAAUCGUGAUUAUGAUCUCAAAAAACUGUUUAAGAAUAUUUGAAAGAGUGUGCAUCUGUUUUUGAAGGUCUCUAGAGACUUUUGUGUGAGCGUUUGCUGUAUUUUUGUACCAGUUACAUUGACCUUGGCCUUUCACCCAGAGGCGGUACACAGAGAACUAUGUGUAACAGCAUUUACAUUUACCAAACUAUUGUAUUCUCAGGUUGUCUACUCUGUAAUGCCACUGCAGAAAUCCCAAAAGCCCUUGUGUUCUUCUUUCAAUUGGACAGAAAUUAAUCAAAAUAAAAUAUAUCACCUUGACUUUGACCUCCAUCUGUCACCAUCAUCUCAUCAGCUGUCAGCAGUCAUCUUUUAACUUGUAUAAAAUUGAGUAAAUUUGAUUUUCAUCAUUAUGUAAGUAAUGCUGGCCGACUGUACUAUUAUAAACAGACAGUAACAACCAUCAAUGUGAAUGUGAGGAAUAUGUUUUUCCCAAAUGUCUGUUUUGUUAUAAAUAUGUGAUAUUGUUUUAUGUAUCAAAAGCUGCACUGAACUGCAUUGAGCUUAUCUAAAGUUACUUUUGGUUUGUCAUGAUUUAAUUACUUCAGCUAUCAACUCAUGUUCAACCUUUGUAUUUCAUGCCUUAUUUGAAUACUAUGUUUAAUAAUCUUGAUGUGCUGAUAAAUAUAGUAAUGAUGACGACAUGUCUAUUCCUGUAUCUUAAUAUCUUCCGUAAAGAGGCAGAGAUGUAAAGCUGGUGCAGCAAUUUGACAGUUCCUGAGUUUUACAAUAAUUGCACUAUUGCAAAGAUAUGCAAGAGGUUUUGCUUUUGUCCAAGUUCCGGUCUUUCCUAUCACUUCUAUUGACUGCUCUCUACAGUUGUGCAACAUUUGUCUCUUGUUUUAUACUGGGAGAGAUUGAAUUGCUGUUGUCAUCAGCUCAGUGAUUGAGCAAGCUGCUGUGUCAAACUGAUGUUUUCAUGGUUGUCACCAACAUGUUGAAAAUUCUAAAUUAAACAUUCAAAGUUUGUCUUAUAA